CACAAGUUUGUCAUCUAACUUCCGGCUGAGAGGAACUUCUACCUCUGGCUAAGCGAGUACUAACCAUAUUCCAGAAAGCAAAUAUGUCGAGUAUUACAUGCUCAGUUAGGGGCUGUCAUAACAACUGGAUUAAGAGAAGAAACCUUUUGCACCAACAAUGUUACGAACACAACGUGGAGAGGUCUGAGUGUUGUGGUGCGCCUUACAAUUUACACCCACCACCUAAAGACGAGGAACACCUGAGGCAGUGGCUGAAGGCGCUAAACUUGAAGCGCCCGCCCAAGCGCCCUUAUGUUUGUUCGUACCAUUUUACGGACGGGAAGCCGACAGACGAACACCCUUAUCCCGAAAAAUGGCUCGGUUACGAUGUUCCUGAAAAGAAACCACGCAGGUUGCUGGAAAGGUUGUCAAAUUCAGAUGCAUCGACGAGCGUCAGUGAUGCAGUGGACAAAUGUGCAGAUAAUACUAUCCAAAUGCGCCUGCACUGGGAUGCAGCAACACAGUGGGAGGAUCCAUCUCUUAUUGACCACAACUACACUUUAAAACCACAACUUGACUUGACACCACCUACAUCUGAAAUUGAAACACAAUGUGUUGUGCCAGCGCCAUUGUACAUAACUCUGCUGCGAAAUAACCACCUUUGUCAGCUCUACACAGGAUUGACAUUGGAUGUAUUUUAUUCAGUUGCCGAUCACCUUACAAAUACAUACAACAACAGCUUCCAGCUACACCCUUGGGAUCAGCUCCUGAUGACUUUAAUGAAGCUCCGUCUUAAUUUAUUGCAGGGUGAUCUUGCUGAAAGGUUUGGUAUUUCCCAGAUUAUUGUAAGCAAGGUGAUUUCAUGUUGGAUUGACAUCAUGGAGGAAAACAUGAGGUAUUACAUGCCAUGGCUUCCCAGGGAGACAAUCCAGGCAACGAUGCCUCAGUGUUUCAAAGAACAAUUUCCAAAUACAACAUGUGUGAUCGACUGUUCAGAGACACCUCUUCAAAAGCCCUUCAACCUUGACUCGAGAGAUGAGUCCUACAGCCAAUACUAUGGCCAGAGCACCAUCAAAUACCUGGUCUGCAUUGCACCAUGCGGACUGAUCAUGUUCAUUUCACCAGCGUAUGAAGGAAGGUGCAGUGAUACGUUUAUAACGGCUAAUUCGGGGUUACUGGAAUAUCUUGGCCCAGGCGAUGAAGUAAUGGCAGACCGAGGCUUCACCAUUACAGAUCUUCUCUAUGAAAAGAAGGUCAAACUUGUCGUUCCAGCAUUCACCAAGAAAGACAUGCAACUAUCUGAAGAAGACACCAUUAACACUAGGCACAUUACUGAUGCACUUGUCCACGUUAAGCGGGUCAUAUGCCAACUGAAAAACUUCAAAGUCCUUUCUCAAACAGUUUCAAUUAACCUCAUCCCUAAAAUUGAUCAAAUUUUGAGGAUUUGUGCAGCCCUUUGUAACCUUCAAAGCGACAUCAUUUCUGAUGUAGAGGAUGAGUAAGUGUUGCUUUGUAGGUGUGUUCCAACAUCUGUUGAUCUAUUUUGCUGUGGUUUUGCUUUAACUAAAGUGUAAAUAGUACACGUAGUUAUGUUGUGACCAGAUGUUACUUGUAAAUAUAGUUAUUUAUCCUUUAAAAUGUGACGAAUGUUACAUGUUGUAAAUACAGUUAUUUAUAAAAAUUUAGUUACCUGGACUCCAUUCCCUUU